UUCAAAAAAGCAUAAUUCUAUUUAUCAAUCCAAUACGCAUACAAAAGUUGGUUAUGAAACUUUGGAAGGAAAUUCUCCAACACUCAUUACAAUUUCAAAUUCUUCGACAAUAACCGAUUCUCAAAUCAUCCAAUAUGACAUAAUACACUCUCCACAUGUGGUCGUUACUCCGUCAUCACCCCGUAAUUCAAUUUCAAAAAAUAACUUACCUAAUGGAAUUAAUGAUUUAUAA